UUCUGUACAUCUGCAGGAAAAGGGUUAAACUCCACAUUUAUCGUCUCUGUGUAAAUGGACACCACCACCACACACACCUGACCCCGCCCCCCCGGACCAGCCCCACUGCAGCAGCGAGCGCACUGUCCGGGAAGUUCCCUCAGUUUGUUCCAGAGCCGAGCAGGAGGAACCCGGUCCAGACCCAGAUCGACCCGAGUUAUCAGAUCCUGACACAGAAGGACAGGGAGGCUGAGAGGAUACCAGAGGAGAAAGGAGGAGACAGACGGGACUUAUCCGGGACGGGUCGGGUCUUGUGUGGUUCGGAUCUUUUCCUCUCUUUUUUUUUUUCUCGUGCAGAUCCGGACGCGCGGCGGAUUUACGCGUCUCCGAGUCGGUCCUCCUGAUCCAAGAAGACCCUGAGGAAACCUGAGACCUCUGCGAUCUCUGAGUCCAGUUCCCAUCAUGGCCCCUCUUCAGCUGCUGACGGUGGUGAUGGUGAUGAUGAAGAUGUGUGGCAGCAACAGAGUGACAGAAACACUCACUGACCGCUUGGUUCACAGAGGAACAAGAAACCGACGCUACGCCAUCAACCCUCUGGGGCACAGGUGGACUCACCACAACAUCACAUACAGGAUCACCAAGUUUCCCAACACUCUGAAUGUGGAGGACACCAGGAAGGCCAUCAGCAUCGCCUUCACCAAGUGGAGUGACGUGUCCCCGCUGACCUUCACCGAGGUUACCGAUGGCAACACCACAGCUGACAUCACCAUCGGUUUCUACACCUUUAACCACACAGACUGCUGGUCGUCUCCUCUGCACCCAUGCUUCGACGGUCUGAACGGUGAGUUGGCUCACGCUUUUCUGCCGCCACGAGGAGAAAUCCACUUUGACAACCACGAGUUCUGGAUCCUUGGCAAGUCCAGGUUCAGCUGGAAACAAGGAGUGUGGCUGAACGAUCUGGUCCAGGUUGCGGCUCAUGAAAUCGGUCAUGCUCUUGGCCUGUGGCACUCCAGAGACCCUCAGGCCCUGAUGCACCCCAAUGCCACCUACACCGGACAGAGGAACAUCGCUCAGGACGACGUCUGGGGCAUCCAGAGACUCUACGGUUGUUUGGAUAAGAAGCGAGUCUGUGAUCCCUGGGCUCGACUUGGCUUCUGUGAGCGGAGGAAGACCUUCAUGAAAAAGAACUGUCCUCAGCGCUGUGACCUAUGCUAUGAGCCUCUGGAAGCGGUUACCACACCAACGCCACCUCCAGCCAAUGUCAAGAUCAAGAUGGUGCCCCGAGGGAAGGUGGUGGGUUUCCGCUGUGGAACCAAAAACCCCCGUUCUCCGCCCAAAGUCAGCUGGUACAAAGACGGCGAGCAGAUCCUGACCUCCAUCCCCGGCUACAUUGUCAUGAAGGACCGAGACCUUCGCAUCGUUGCCAACGAGUUCAAUGAGGGUGUUUACACCUGUCGCAUCCAUCGACGAGGGGACAUCGUUUCUGCCAACUCCUGGGCCAUACGACUGAAGCCAGAGCAGCCGUCCAACAGCUGAGGACACUGACAGAAAUGGAGUGACGGAGGACAAAACAGCAAAUAAUGUGAUGAAAAGAGGUACUGUUUUUUUUAUAUUUGUGGGACAACAGGACUUGUCGGCAACGCUCACGUGCAGAAGAUCAGAUGUUCAGUAUUUGUGUUUGUCCAUAUUUUCAAAGGACACAGUUUUCUAUGUGUUUGGAUCUUUUUCCAGAUAUUCCUGAUGGUUUGUUCACCACAGGUACUCAAGAAGACUAAUGGGUCCAAGCUGGACACGAUUCAACUUUUGCCUAAAUACAUCACUAUGAAAACAAACUUUGAAAUGGCUUCAUUAAAGAGCUCUGGAGACAGAUUAUACAUUUGUGGCAGGUCUGCAGUCCUGGCAUGGCGUCGUGUCCCUGUCAUCAUCUCAGCAGGAUGACAAGUCGUUGUAAACUCUUAGCAUUUAGCAAAAAUGUCACAAAUUCAUACUACUCCUGGAAGCAUGUCAUGUCCUUGUCAUCAUCUCAGCCUUCAUAAUCCUGCUGACUUUAUAACUAUAUACAGUUGUGUGCAAAGGUUUUUUGCACCUCUGGGCAAAUUGUUCUCAAAAAUCAACAAAAUAUGUAAUUUUCUCAUAAUCCUCCUCAUGGGAUGAGAUGUCCUCAUAAUCCUGUAGAAUGUCAUGUACCUGGAGUACUCAUUGCAUUAUGUCAUGUCCUCAUAAUCAUCUCCAUUGACCCUCAUGUCCUCAUAAUCCUGUAGGACUUGAACUUUUCUUCCUCACAGCAUAAUGCCAUGUACCAGUAAUGUUCCUGUACUCAUCCCAACAUGACCUCUUCAUAAACAUCUUUUCCAGACAUCCUUGUAACCUCCUGACAGGAUUUCACGUACCUCAGGUACCUGUCGUACUCGUAGCAUGAUGUCAUGUUUCCAUAACCAUCUCAGCUGAACUUCUGGUCCUCAUAAUCUCUUAGAGCGCCCUCUACCUUUUACCUGCCCAGCAUGAUGUCAUAUACCAGUAAUAGAUAUGACAUCAUUUAACUCCCAGUGUGACGUGAUGUCCUCGUGAACAUCUUGUGAAGAGAUGAUGUCCUCAUAACCCUCCUGACGGGAUGUCAUGUAAAUAUAAUCCAGUACACAGUACACCACAAAGAAAAAAACAAACAAAAAAAUGGAAAUUUAGUUUGUUUUCUAUAAAAUUUAGAUGUUUGAUAUGGAUCAGUGCAGACAUCAUGACGUAGUCUGUAGGGAAGAUAUUUUAAUCUGAUUGUUACAUCCGUACCACUUAAAUACAUAAGAUUAAUUAGGUGUUUAGCAAAUGAUGUAACACCCCUGUGACCUUUGACCUUUAACUGCUUCGAGUCCCGGUGACACUACUGAUCAAACUUUGACUUUUUCCCUCUAAAUAACCAAACUCCAGGAGCAGUUGUGGGCUGUUCAUGGGGUAAUUUGGUGUAGUGGCCACAGUGGGUAAUGCAGAUCAUGUAACUGACCAUAUGCAAUUAUUACAAAGACAAUUAUUACAAAGAACACACCGAAGUGACUUUUUGUUUUAUUAGAAUCUGUUAGGCCUAAAAAAAUAUUUUAAAAAAGUCUCAAAGAGCAGUAGAUUAUUUUCUGAGCUCGUGUCAGACACCUUAAUUUGAAUUGUAGUAUUGGCAAUAACAGACUCGUGUCAGAUCUGAUAUGUGAUUUCCUGACAGAUUCUGAACAGAAACAAACUGCUCAGGAUCUAAUGUGGAAUGGUUUCUUCUUCUACCUGUGAUUAUUAGUUUGACUGUCAGGAGCUGAUGGACCAACUCUGUGACCUUCUGUUUACACAUGUGGAGUAAAUUUUUUUGUUAUUGUGAGAAAACAUGAAGCAGUACAAAGUGAUAUGUUUGGGAUCUGAUAGCUGGUUAUAUUUUGGAUUCAGCUCCAGGUUGACAAACUACCUGGAUUCAGCUAAAGUCUAAUGGAUUUCUUAUUGAAUCUUUUCUUUUUCUUUCUUUAUUUUUUUUUAAGCAAAAAUGAAAUCAUUCAGGUAACAACUCCUCACUUUUUAGCCAAAGCUGAGCCAGUAACAGUUUCUAAUGCUUCAUCAUCCAUCUGAAUACAAGUGUGGUUGGAUUUCUCAGUGUUCAUGUUCAGUUUCAGACCUGCAGUUUAUUAACAUAAGCAUCUUCCACUCGUUACCAUCUGCAAAUGUUG